AAGAAGAAGAUAGGGUCCUUCUGAAUAAGGAACGAUGAAGCAGUCUUUUCCUACGAAGGGCACUUGAUAAAAAGGCUAAAACCAAGAAUAGAAAAUAGAAACAAUGGAAUGCCAGGAUCACGCUUACACGAGCACCACUUAUGAUAAAGUCAGCCCCUUGGAGCUCACAUAUAAAAUGAGUUCAAAAGAAAUUGAAGACUUUGUGAAGCUGAGGGUUUCAAAUAAAUACCUCUUUUCUGGAAGGAGAAAUACUUCCAUGUGGGCAUGGAGGGCCAUCCUGAAACAUAUGGGCUUGCAACACAAGAUGACCCAUAGUCAAGCAUCCAAAAAAUGGGAUAACAUGAAGAAGAGAUACAAGGAGCUAAAGAACCAUCCAGAUGGGGUGAAAGUGUUCCCUGAAGUGUGGCCGUAUUUCAAUCUGAUGGACGAUGCCAUGGAGGGUCGGCUGGAAGGCAACGCCCCCAUCCUGAAGGCCUUCCCCAACGACAAAGAUUUCUUAUCCAUCUCCAAACCCAAGAAGAGGAAGGUAUCCAUGGUGAUAAACUCCCCUACGGCUUUGUCAGCAGGCGAGCCAGAGAUAGAGGUUUUCCUGAACGGAGCUGAGGAUGGGGAGGAGGAGGCGGAGCACAAGGGGCGCCACGAGAUAGAUCGCAUUAUGGAAGAGGUGGAGCACGAGAGGAACAUGAUGGACAGCGAAAGGCAGGUGAUGGAAAGGGAGAAACAGGUAAUGGAAAGGGAGCAGCUGGUACUGCAGAGGGAGAGAGCGGUGCUGGAUAGGGAGAUCGCCACUUUGGACCGAGACCGAGCCUCGCUGGAGAGAGAGAGGGCAACAAUCGAGAGAGAAAAGGCAGUGUUGGAGAGGGAGAGGGCAGUGGUGGAGAAGGACAGAGAUGCUGUGAGCAGGGACCGGCUGUCUCUGGAGCGAGAGAAAGCCAGGGUGGAGAGACUUUCUGCACCCAAAGAAAGGACUGAGGAGGUUACAGAAGACAGCAGUGAGGUGAACGACUCAGACGUCACGGACAGGAAGGAGCGGUUCCUCAACUUGUUUGAAAAACUUAUUGAAAAUUUUUGAUUCAUGGGGUUUUUCUGCGCAAACUUUCCCUGACGCACCAUAUUUUUAUAUUUCUGAGGAGUUUCCACCUUGGCUGCAUCUGCAUCUUAUUCAAAAUGCACAUUAUACUUGUAUACUAACCUUAUAAGUUGUCAAUGAAAACGUUGAGCCACUCCUCGUUCGGAGAGGUCUUCAAAACAACUUUAUUCACUUGUGGUUAUUCCAUACAGAGCACACAAUAGCAAGCUAUUAGCAUUAUUCUUAACCCCAUCCACAAUCAAAAUCAACAACCCCCCCAAAUCAAACAAUAGUCUUUAGUUGAUCGACUCCAGACAUCAGAGUCUUCGGUAUAGGCUAUUGUGCAUGGUUAAAACAUCACUUUUUGAAAUGUAAAAUACCAAAUAUUGCAGUUCAUGUAAAAAAUCUUUUUCAGAAUAUAUAUUUUUAUAUUACAGUACAGACUUUACAACAAAUGAUUGUGUUUAAAUGCGUCUUUUAUUGCAUUAGAUACUCAAUACUCAAUUUACCUUUCAUUAAGCUCCAGCUUCAAUAAGUUUAUGCUAGUAUACAUUUCCAAAAGUGUUAGAUUUGUCAUUAAUAUUAAUAUUAUUAUUUUUUAUUUUUACAAAACAAACAUAUUUAAACAAUAUUACUGGUUGUUUUUGUUUUGCCAGUCAUGAACAGACAUUAAACAGAAACAUACAUGCCAUUUGAGGGUGUUUAAUAAACUGAUUUCUCCGAAUGCCA